UUGUCGGUUUUAGACUCUGCAAAGCCGCACCCGUCUUAUCGAUGUGAGGGAGUGAGAGAGCGAUUCGGGAAGACGGCAGGGGGCGCUGCGGGAUGGCCGUGCUUGAUGGCGAUGACACGCAGAAGUAAAUAGAGGAAGGCGCCGCCCAGAGGAGACGAGCGGGGUGUCCGGUGACAGCGCGCGGGGAGGGGCCCGGUAGGCGUCAUGCGCACUGCCCCACACAAUCCACUCUGAGGGGGAGAGGCGCCGACAUAUUAUUUGGCCUGAGAGGGAGGGGAGAGGCUGUGAUAAACAUCAUCCGUAGGGGCCCGAGCUUCUCCUCCAGGGACACGGAGCUCAUCCGCAAGGGACACUUGGGACGGGCAAGAUAAGGUUGUACUAUGAAUGGUGAUUCUAACGCAGGGGUGGUGACUUCACCACCUCCAACAAAUGCUCCACAUAAAGAAAAAUAUUUUGACCGUGUUGAUGAGAACAACCCUGAAUACUUGAGAGAAAGAAACAUGGCCCCUGACCUUCGCCAGGACUUCAACAUGAUGGAGCAGAAAAAGAGAGUAUCCAUGAUACUUCAGAGUCCGGCAUUCUGUGAUGAACUGGAAACAAUGAUUCAAGACCAACUUAAAAAAGGGAAAAACCCAACUGGUUUGUUGGCACUACAACAGAUUGCAGACUUCAUGACCACAAGUGUACCUAGUGUUUACCCAUCAGCUCCUCAAGGUGGAAUGGCAGCGUUAAACUUGAGUUUAGGAAUGGUAACACCUGUGAAUGAUCUUAGAGGAUCUGACUCUAUUGCCUAUGAAAAGGGAGAGAAAUUGCUUAGAUGUAAACUUGCUGCAUUUUAUCGAUUAGCGGAUUUGUUUGGGUGGUCUCAACUGAUCUACAAUCACAUUACAGUCAGAGUGAGUUCAGAGCAAGAACACUUCCUUAUUGUUCCCUUCGGGCUCCUUUACAGUGAAGUAACUGCCUCUAGUUUGGUAAAAAUCAAUCUUCAAGGUGACAUAGUAGACCGUGGCAGUACAAACCUAGGAGUGAAUAAAGCUGGAUUUACACUGCAUUCUGCCAUUUAUGCAGCCCGACCUGAUGUGAAAUGCAUUGUCCAUAUCCAUACCCCUGCUGGGGCUGCAGUGUCUGCCAUGAAAUGUGGCCUACUGUCACUAUCUCCAGAGGCCCUGUGUCUAGGAGAAGUGGCUUAUCAUGACUAUCAUGGCAUACUGGUUGAUGAGGAGGAGAAAUCAUUAAUACAGAAAAACUUAGGACCAAGAAGCAAAGUGCUCAUUCUCCGAAAUCAUGGACUUGUAACUAUGGGAGAAACUGUUGAAGAGGCAUUUUAUUACAUUCACAACCUUGUGUCUGCCUGUGAAAUUCAGGUACGCACCCUAGCAAGUGCAGGGGGACCAGAUAACUUGGUACUACUAGAUCCCGGAAAAUACAAAAAGUCUCGUUCACCUGAGUCACCUUCGGGCGAUGCAGUUACACAUCCAAAGUGGCUUGUUGGGGAGCAAGAAUUUGAAGCCCUCAUGCGAAUGCUGGAUAAUCUAGGUUACAGAACAGGCUACCCCUAUAGAUGUCCUGCCCUGCGAGACAAGGCCAAAAAGUACAGUGAUGUUGAGAUCCCAGCCAGCGUCACUGGCUAUUCCUUUGGCAGUGAUGGUGACUCAGGCACAUGUUCUCCUCUCAGACACAGUUUUCAGAAACAGCAACGCGAGAAGACAAAGUGGCUGAACUCUGGUAGAACAGAUGAAGCCUCAGAUGAAGGGCAGAACGGAGGCAGCCCCAAGUCGAAGACUAAGUGGAAUAAAGAGGAAGGGCUUAGAACUGCCACCUCUGCUGUCCCUAACCUGUUUGUCCCAUUGAACACAAAUCCCAAAGAAGUGCAAGAAAUGAGGAACAAGAUAAGAGAGCAGAACCUGCAAGACAUAAAAACAGCCGGACCUCAGUCCCAGGUUUUCUGUAGCGUCGUUGUGGACAGAAGUUUAGCACAGGGAGAGCUGAUAACAGCUUCAAAAGCAAUUAUUGAGAAAGAGUAUCAGCCGAAGGUCAUAGUAGGCACCGCUGGGCCGAACCCCUUCAACAAACUGACCGACCGAGAGCUAGAUGAGUAUCGGAGGGAAGUGGAGCGCAAGCAGAAAGACGCUGAAGCUGCCUCCAUCCUAAGUAGUGGAAAUAUGGAGGAACAAGCAAUGUAUACAGACUCGAAAGGUCACUAUGCACAGUCUACAGAUGCACAGCUAAAGUUGGUUAAAGCUCUGUCAGUCAAGGCCAAGUUUCUACCAAUUAAUGCAUCAGAAGAAGUCACAAAUGUGACGAAAGAAUGUGAAUCAUUGGUUGACAAUUUACCAGUGAUUGAGGUGUCUUCUCCAGAGAGAGAGGAGAACUUGGAUGGUUCUCUUGAACAGACACAUAAACCGGAGUCUCCCCACAGAGAGUUUCACACGGCUGUCAUCCGAGCUCUUAACGUCAGCUCCAAUCUUGUGCUUAAUUUUGCAGAGCCCCCAGAAGAGGUGACAGAACAAAAGGACACUCCUCUUGACCAUUCACUAACCCGCACUCCUCCCAGCACCCCCAUCAAGCAAGAGGAAGAAUCUCAGCACGAACAGAUUUACAGAGAUGACAGUGAUGCCGCAACCUUUAAGCAGACUCUACCCGACCUCACUCCAGAUGAGCCAUCUGAAUCCCUCUGCUUCCCAACAUCUGCAAAACCAAAUGAAGAAGACAAGGCUUCUGUGGAAGACCUCCCACAGGUCCACACAGAGACCACGACCUCUCCUGAAGGAACUAAAGAGCCCGAACCUCAGAACAUUGAGUCUCCUCCCGCAACGCCGGCAGCGGAGGAUGCAGCACAGACAGAUGCUCCCCAAGCAGCAGACACCACCGCACAGGCAGAUGCAGGCAGCGAUGAGUCUCCAGGAAAAUCCCCCUCCAAAAAGAAGAAAAAAUUCCGCACCCCUUCCUUUCUGAAAAAGAACAAAAAGAAGAGCGAGUCCUAAAGAGCUGCAGGAACACUGUCAUGUUUCUGAGAAGUCAGUUCAGUAACCACUAGAAUGUACCCGAUCGUGUUUUGUCUUUUUCAUUUAUAUAAAGGAAUGCAAGAACCCACAAUAACUGAACCUGCUAGUUGUAGUUUGACUGUGAAAAGGUUAACGCGGGGAAAUGUCUCCUUCCAUGUAAGGUGCUAACCUGUGUGUUCAGCGGCUCAUCACUCCAAACUGUUCACUUCACACCGUGUAGAUGUCCCCACAAUCCUUUCAAAUUUUCCUGUUUAUAUUUUUUAUUUAGUUUGUAUAUUAUUGCACUCCCACCCCGCCUUGAAGAUGGCUUCCCGUAGCAUGCCUCUUGUAAAUAAUGGGCUUUCACUCCAUAGGGGAAUGACUAAACCACAUCACAGCGCUUUUCCUUAAAGCAACAUGAUCCUUUUUAUCCAACAGCCCCCACAGUCAUCCCAUUCCAGUGCACUGAGCUGCUUACAAUUGCAAGUGUUACCAGUAACCCUUUCCCAGCCUGCCUGCUCACAAGCGCUUUCGCAGAGUCUACCCAGUUCUCGCUCUCCUAAUUCUAGCCAAUAAUGGCUAUUUGCUGGUAUAAUUAUGUUCUUUUUAUAUCACUAGGAACUGCUGCUGCCUUAAAGACAUGGAAUGAAUAUCUAGACCACUUUUUUUUUUUUCCUGCCCAUUUGUCUGCACAGCUUUUUCCAUUCCCAUGCCUAUUCUAAAGGACGGAUAUGAACUUAAAUGGUGCAUUCACUUCAUACAUAACACUGCACAUGUGAUAUGACUGGAUACUGUCUUCUAGCCCCUGUCAUAUUUUAUUGUGAUCAAACUGUGGUCCUAACUUGUGUUAUUAUAUAGCUAUACCACUUUAUGUUGGUGCAUCUCUGUUUACACUGCCUGUAGGUAGCUGCCCUCAGUAGUCUCUCUAAACGCUUGGCACUCUAUCCUUGCUUCAUAUAGUAAACCAUGUAUACAUUAAGAUACCUACAUUCCUUUUUGGAUGUAAAGCAGCUACACUAGAAAGAUACGUGACAUUGUCUUAAUAACCAAAAUGUGAAUGCACCUUCAGUCUUGACAUGCCUACACAAUCCAUAUAGAUGCUGAACGAUAGACCAUUGCAUUUACUAAGUGACCAUUCUCAUUUCGAGUUUAUUCCUGUCACCUACACCCUUACUGUAGGCAGCCAUAUUGUGGGCCAGACUGUAGUCUUAUCAGCCAUUGGUCUGCAGCAUGUUGGGAGUUAUAGUUUAACAGCUUGUAGACCACUGUGCCAGUAACGUCACUGAGCACCUUUUCCAUAUGUAACUAGCACAUUGAUAAGCUGCAAGAAUCUACCCCACAGCCUGGAUUGCCUUAACUAUUUGUAGGCCACAGGUAACUUUUGGAAUAAUCUUUAUUUCAGAGUUGAGUUGAAGGAUGUAACUUGGUUUUUAGGUACCAUCUCAACUUUUCCAUUUUUUUUCUUUUUUCAACAACCUGGAAUGUUCAUUCUACAAAGGUGAGAUUCCCUCAUAAAGUUGGGAAGCCCGGUUGCUGCACAGAUCUGUACUGCAGAGUAAGAGUAUAUAAACAUAGAAAACCAUGUUUGUAACCCUUGAGUCUUCCAUGCUAAAUACACGUGCAUAUUAUCUGAUGCAGAUUUGCGUCAGCAGAUUUUUCUGCCCAUUGAAGUCAAUGGUCAGCAAAAUCUGCAGCAGAUCUACAGCAAAAUUAUGCAUGUGUGAACAUAUCCUAAAGAAGUAAUUCAUCUCUGUUUUAUUGGAAAACUAAUGUCUUUGAAUAAUCUCUACUUGACCUGAAAUCUCAGUUUAGCCCUGAAGAAAGUGUGAAUUAAGCGUAUUACAGGGAUUGUGGCCUCAAACAUGAAAUAAUAAAAGUGCACUCCAGUUAUUUAGCAAGGCUACCUGCUAUCUGACAGGUGUUGUAUUUAUAUAUAAACUGUUACAGUGCAUUAUUACGUAGCUUUUUUAUUCUAUUUAGAAUGGGGAACAAAAAAAACAUUAUAUCCUGACUUAACAUUCAGUGCUCUACUUAGAAUUUAGGAAGCCUAGAAAGGGGAGAUAUUUGAUGGAGACAACAGAGCGCUGUGCCCAUCUGUAACAUGAAUUGGACAAUUUGUCCAAAAGUGCCUGCAGCUCUGUUCACUUUACUCAAUUCACAAAGGUCCAGGUAGCAGAGACAUGAAAACUUUGUUGCAUAGUUUCUUUUGGUUAGAUUGCCCAAGCCAUGUCAGGCAGACCCAGUAUGGAAUCCUAUUAAGUGGUACAGUGGGGCAAAAAGUAGUCAUCCACCAAUUGUGCAAGUUCUCCUACCUAAAAAAAGAGGCCUGUAUUUUUCAUCAUAGGUAUACCUCAACUAUGAGAGACCUAAUGAGAGAAAAAUCCAUAAAAUCACACUGUCUGCUUUUUAAAGAAUUUAUUUGCAAAUUAUGGGGGAAAAUAAAUAUUUGGUCAAUAACAAAAGUUCAUCUCAAUACUUUGUUAUAUACCCUUUGUUGGUCAAACGUUUUCUGUAAGGCUGGGUUCACAUCACAUUUUUCCCCAUACGGGAGCACAUAUGGCAGGGUGGAGCUAAAAACUUGCGCUCCUGUAUCCCUGCCGUAUGCGGCCGGUAUGUAAUUGAUUUCAAUUUUUCCCCGUAUGCGCUUUUCUACCUGACCUAAAACCGUGGUUUACUACGGUUUUAGUUCCGAUAGAAAACCGCAUACGGGAAAGAAUGAGCCGACCAGUUCACUCAGGUCGGUUCAUUGAAAUCAAUUACAUACCGGCCGCUCCCGUAUGGGGAAAAACGUCAUGUGAACCCAGCCGAAGUCUUCACAAGGUUUUCACACACUGUUGGUGGUGUUUUGGCCCAUUCCUCAAGGCAGAUCUCCUCUAGAGCAGUGAUAUUUUGGGGCUGUCGCUAGGCAACACGGACUUUAAACUCCCUCCAAAGGUUUUCUAUGGGGUUGAGAUCUGGAGACUGGCUAUGCCACUCCAGGACCUUGAAAUGCUUCUUAGAAAGCCACUCCUUUGUUGCCCAGGCAGUGUGUUUUGGAUCAUUGUAAUGUUGAAAGACCCAGCCACAUUUCAUCUUCAAUGCCCUUGCUGAUGGAAGGAGGUUUUCACUCAAAAUCUCAUGAUACAUGGCCCCAUUCAUUCUUUCCUUUACACGGAUCAGUCGUCCUGGUCCCUUUGCAGAAAAACAGCCCCAAAGCAUAAUGUUUCCACCCCUCAUGCUUCACAGUAGGUAUGGUGUUUUUUGGAUGCAACUCAGCCUUCUUUCUCCUCCAAACACGACGAGUUGAGUUUUUACCAAAAAGUUCUACUUUGGUUUCAUAUGACCAAAUUACAUUCUCCCAAUACUUUUCUGGAUCAUCAAAUGCUCUCUAGCAAACUUCAGACGGGCCCUGACAUGUACUGGCUUAAGCAGGGGGACACGUCUGGCACUGCAUGUUUGAGUCCCUGGCAGCAUAGUGUGUUACUCAUGGUAGCCUUUGUUACUUUGGUCCCAGCUCUCUUCAGGUCAUUCACUAGGUUCCCCCGUGUGGUUCUGGGAUUUUUGCUCACCGUUCUUAUGAUCAUUUUUGACACGACGGGGUGAGAUCUUGAGUGGAGCCCCAGAUCGAAGGAGAUUAUCAGUGGCCUUGUAUGUCUUCCAUUUUCUAAUUGCUCCCACAGUUGAUUGAAUCUGCAAUAGGCAAGCAGCUUGGUGUGAAGAAGUCUUCCCAGCCUGGUACAGGUCUACAAUUUUGUUUCUGGUGUCCUUUGACAGUUCUUUGGUCUUGGCCAUAGUGGAGUUUGGAGUGUGGCUGUUUGAACUUGUUAUCAGUAUAAAAGACACCUGUCCACAACCUCAAACAGGUGCCAAUAAUACAGGUAACGAGUGGGGGACAGAGGAGACUCUUAAAGAAGUUGUUACAGGUCUGUGAGCGCCAGAAAUCUUGCUUGUUUGUAGGUGAAAAAUACUUAUUUUCCACCAUAAUUUCUUUAAAUAUCAGACAGUGAUUGUAUGGAUUAUUUUUUUUUUCCCUCAUUGUUGAGGUAUACCUAACUGGAUACGGGUCAAAAAUUAGCCAACCGAAGUAAAAUGGGGACUUCGGUCGGCUCAUUAAAGUCAAUGGAUUAGGGCGUUGGUCCAGCUGGGGUAGGGGAGCGCACGCACUCCCCCCGCCGGAUCCGGCACCCGUAGAGUGAAAACGUGGUGUGCAUGCACCCUUACACUUGUACUUUCAGGUUUUAGGCUUUGAACAUAAUUCUAUGAGCAUUAUAACUGGAAACCUAUAGAUAAAUUCUAUUACUGUCCAAAUAAAAACCUUUGUGAAAGAUAAUGCACUUUGAUGUGACAAAUAUUGCUGGAUAAAUUAUUUUCACAUAAGUUUCUCUAUAUACAAUCACCCAGUAUGUAAUUCAUAGCUCCUCACCUCCCAUCACUGACUACAUGAUGGGGACCUCUAUCUAUUAAGGACCCACUAAAAUUUAUUCUCACUUAAACACAUUUUGAUUUAAAAAACAAAAAAAAAAACACAUUCUAUUUUUUUUUUUUUUUUCAAUGAUUUGAAUUCCAGGUCGUUGUAUCACAGAUUAGUAUGGUUAUGUAUUAAUACUUUUCAAAAAGGGUCAUGUAUUUUUUUUUCUUCUUUCCUUGUAUUGUUUAUUUUACUCACAAAUAAAUUUUGUUUAAACUCCUGA